AUGUGGUUUAGUGGGGAUAAUAAAAAACCAUGGUGGCAAGGUAUAGUGAAGUAUUGGCUAUCAUUUGGUCCGAUUCCAAAACAUGUUGCAUUCAUUAUGGAUGGGAACAGGAGGUAUGCCCGUCGGCAGAAAUAUGCUAUGCUCACUGAAGGUCAUUAUAAAGGUUUCGAAAAGUUGACGAAGGUAUUGCAAUGGUGUAGAGAACUGCAAGUAAAGGAAGUCACUGUCUAUGCAUUCAGUUUAGAAAAUUUCAAGCGGGACUCCACAGAAAAGUUUUCGUGGACGAAACGUACUAUAUACAAGGGUACCAUGCAAACAGACGCAUUUUCUGUUUCGGAAAAACUUGUUGAAAAUGAUAUUCGAAUUCGGUUUUUUGGAGAUUUAAAGCGUCUUUCAUCAACUCUUCAACAAAACAUAGCAAAAAUAGAGCUUUUUACGAGAAAACAUCGCAGUGGGAUAAUUAAUGUCUGCAUUGCGUAUACGGCUCAAGAUGAAAUCAGAAGAGCUUUUGCUAGAAUAGCGAAUGGUGUUCAAAAAGGGUUGCUAAAUGAAGCUGACAUAAAUGAAUGUUUAAUAUCGCAAUGCCUAGAUGGUGGUACAACAACUGAUCCAGAUUUAUUGAUCAGAACGAGUGGAGAAGCAAGAUUAAGCGAUUUCUUGCUGUGGCAGUGUUCUAAAUGUUUUAUUUAUUUUGAUGAUGUCCUCUGGCCCGAUUAUGACUUUUGGAAUCUGUGCAAAGCAGUUUAUGCAUAUCAGCGAAAUCAUGUGAAACUGAAGGAAUUAAACGAUAACUGUUUAAUGAAUGAAAAAUUAGGAGAUGGAGAAAAAGUAACUGAGUUCUUGGAUUGGAUUAUGGAAGAACAUUUGAAAGAUUUGCAACGAAUAAGUGAAGGAGUAUUUUGA